ACAGAGCACGUGACUGAGAUGCGCGGAGAUGAGACGAGUGGGCGGGGCCAGUGAGUGCGGAUUUAAAGCGGAGCGCGGAGGGAAGAUCAGUCAGAGAAGGAGCAGAAAUGCCGGAUAUUCACUAUUCCCAGACUUUCUCCUCCAGGAAGAUCCUCAAACCCGAGGUGGAAAAACAGAGACGAGACCGAAUCAACCGAAGCCUCGAGGAGAUGAGACUCUUGUUGUGUCAACUCACCGGCGAUCAGAAACUUCCUAAAAUGGAAAAAGCUGAAAUUUUGGAAUUGGCUGUGAUUUACAUCAGGAAUGUGACGCGUAUGAAAACACAUGAUCAGAGUGAGUGGGUGACACCCGGGGAGAAGAUGUAUCUGUCGGGCUUCCGGGAGUGCUUGGACCGCACCGAGGAUUUCAUCAGCGACAUCAGCCCCAAGGCCAGGGCUUUGUUUUUGGACAAUUUACAGACUCACCUCCAGCAGAGGCUCCAUUUCCCCCAGCAAGUCGGGGGUCCAGGCAGGGAACAUGAAGAAGACUUGAUGUCCAGCGGCAGUGAACUCUCCCCCGUUAUGGAUUGUUCCAUCUCUAGGGAUGAUCUGACUCUCUGCACUCCACCCACUUCCAUUGGCUCUGAGAGUGGAAGCCCCCCAGCAUGGCUGCCCACCAGCCCCCCGAACCUGCCAUUCUACAUAUGGAGACCAUGGCCCUGAAGCUGGGGGUUUUCUUUGCUUCUAUUGAAUAUGUUCCUGUGUAUUAAAUCGCCUGUAUAUACAGUAUCUGUAUUGGCUAUGCUUGUAUGUUGUGCAUAUGGGGACCUUCCUGCCACUGUGAUUGGCCGGAUUCAUAUUUGGCUGUUAUACAGCACCUGCGUAUUUAACAAUUGUAUUUGUUUCUCUUUAAUAAAAUCAAUUUCUCUGUUUUAUA